UGAUCUGCAGGUCAUCUUAGGUGGAAAGAGUUAGGAGCAUGUAGAAGUAUCAAGAUUCAUGGAUCUUAAGGGAGACUCUUCUCAAUGAAAUAGCUUCUAGAGUGGAGGAAGUUAACAUAAGGCUGCAAGAGGAGCUUGGCAGGUAAAGGAGCUGAAAGAAUCUAGGGAUGGUCUCCUUCAAGAAAAUGUACAGUUGAGGGAAAGCAUAACUGUAAUGGAAUCACGGUUACAGCGCAUCGAAACAGAGGCUUUUCUUUCUAGAAACUCUCCUGUGAUGAUAGCAGAGACACUCCUAGACAAAAUUCCAGAAUGUCAGCCUGAAGAAGCUCCUCCCCCACUGCUGGAAAAGCGAGAACCUGAAAAUAACGAGCUUAUAGAAAAGGUAAAGGAGGUGCAAAUUGAUUCAGAUGAGCAUUUUCAGUCUACUGAUCAUGCUACUUCUCCAGAGCUUGAUCGUGCAAAAGAGCCAGCUGAAUCCACCAUUUCCAUCGACUAUGCACCAGAAUUUGCGCAAAAUAUGUACCGGUCAGAAGAAACUGUUCAAUCUUUGCCCCGGACUCAGAACCCAUUUAGCAUCCCCAAUGGUAUGACGAUGGAUAAUUCUAGAAUAAGUGAAGAAAUUGUGUCAGUUCCGUUGGAUGACAUUCAAGUUCAGGAGGUGGAACCUCAGAGAACAGAGGAAGAUACAGCGGUUCCUAUUUCUGAUGCCCCGUUGAUCGGUGCUCCGAUCCGAUUGAUUUCUUUCUUUGCAAAGUAUGUCAGUGGUGCUGAUUUGGUGGAGCGAGAUGGAGGUAGAUCAGGUUGAUUGUAGCUUUUUAGGAGUUGAGCUGUGGAGAGAUGAUUAUUUACUUGUUCAAUUUAAGUUUUGAAAUAACUUUUUAUUGUCUUUAUUUGAUAGUUUUUACAGUUGAUUUUGCAACAUUGACGAGUUAUCAUUUUGUCUGAACAUCAUACAUAUAAUACUGUAGCACAUAAUAUAUGAACAAUGACUUUGCAUGUGAUA